AGGCUGCACAGACAACAAUACUCACAUGCUAGCUAGAUGUGAAAAUAAUGCAUGGUCUCCUCUAGUAACAGAAGAAAGGUAAUGUCAUCCAGACAAGAUGAAUUCAGCCUCUGAACCGCAAGAAGUCAGGCACACAGGAAGCAGCCACAGGGAGAGAACCAUGUCCUUCACUGCCUCACCUGCCUCCAGCUGUGCCCCCAACAUCAUCACAAACCAGCACAAGAAAGCCUUCAGACUCUACUCCUCUGAAGAUAUUUCUAACUUCAACAGCACCUUAGAGUCAAGGUCAGUAGCCAGCGGGCCAGCGACGAAUGGAAGAGCCUUAGAUCAUUCUCAGUCUCCAAGUGGACUAGUCAUCCACAAAGAAUCGAAAGUUUACAAGAUGUUUCAGGAGAAACAGGAGUUAAAUGAGCCCCCAAUACAGUCCACUUCUUUCCUAGUUUUGCAAGAAAUCCUGGAAUCUGAGGAGAAAGGGAAUCCCAACAAGUCCUUGAGAUUCAGGAGUGUUAUGGCUGCAAAAAGGCUGCAUUGGCUGCAAAUGUCCAGAAAUUGCCCACAUGUGAUAAAUGUGACACCUGCCCUGUCGGUAUGUUUGUGUAGCUGCAAGACUGUCACUGCCACCCUGAGUGUUAUGUGUGCACUGACUGUGGCACAAACCUGAAACAGAAAGGCUAUUUCUUUGUGGAAGAUCAAAUCUACUGUGAAGAAGCACACCCAGGAGCCUAUCACCCCACCAAAGGCUACAAAGUGGUCACUGUGUUCCCCAAGUGAAACAGCAG